CAGGAUCGUCGCUGUUGAACCUAGCAGAUGGUUGGGAUCAACGAUGCCAGAGUUCUUGCGGUUACAGUUGACUAAACCGCCACCACAAAUUGUCUAUGUGUCCCAACCUUUUCCCCUUACGGUGACCAUCUCGGAUGAUCUUGGAUCCCAUGUGUACUUUGGUGCAAGUCCACUACGAUUACGACUACAGCUAGUGGAUCCGAAUACAUAUGAGAUCGACACUCGUUUUUCCCUUCGACUGGAUAGAAAGGAUGGAAUAUGUGUUCCUCCCAGUGGCAAUAGUUAUGUCAAGUUCAAUGUCACAAUAGAGCCCGCACUUCGAGAGAAACGCAAAGCACAAAGAAUAGAUAUUACACAUGUCAAGCUUCUACUAAAGGUUGACGAACAAGAACUAUUGAAAGAGGUGAAAAGCGAAAAGAGCUGGACUCAAGAGGUACCUGACUUUGUUGGAUUUCGCGGUGUUUAUCAUAGCGAUGCCGGGGAAAUACUCCCCCUCCCCGUCUAUUCAGCAGCAAUACGUAUCUCGAGUGCAAAGGCACCUACCAAUACUGAAGUCCUCAAGACACAACGAUGCGAACGCCACUUCGUUUUCUCACUUGGCCCCGAAUGUCCAGUGCUCCGUUUGCCUAUUCAAGAGCAUAUCCAUAUGACGUUUUCCACGGGCACUCACAUCUGGGACUGUUCCCCUGUUCUCGCACAAUAUCUUCUGCACGCGAGGGAGCGCUGGAUUCCGGAGGGGGAGCAUGUCAAGGUUUUAGAACUGGGUGCCGGCUGUGGAUUAUUGGGGAUUGUUAGUGCCAUUGUUGGCGGAGAUGUUGUAGUCACAGACAUGGAGGAUACAGUACAGGGAAUCUUGCGCGAUAAUGUCAAUGAAGCGCAAAAGUUGAUUAAGAGUUCUGGGAAAAAUGGGCGUCUUCGUGCUCUGUCCCUCGAAUGGGGAAUACUUCCUGUCGAUACCGUCACCAGCGUACUGGAAGCAAAUCCUGAUGAAUCCUCUCGAAUGCUUGUUCUUGCGGCGGAUGUCCUGUAUAAUAUUGGCUCGCAUGAAGUUUUCCUGCAGACUCUAGUAUCUAUCAAGGCGUCAUUCAAUGUAGAUGUGUUGAUUGGGUACAAAAAGAGGGGCCCUGGUGAGGAGCAUUUCUUCGAAAUGGCAAGUGAGGAAUUUGACGUCGAAAGUGUCGGAAAGGGGUGGAAUGUUGAGAUAUUCUGGCUGAGGUCUCGGUAGUAGUAUGACAUUGGAUGCAUAUAGCUGCUUGCAAGCUUGUAAUGUAGACCCUGUUUAAUAGUGAUAUAAGCAGUAUAAGCAAUUCUAUAAAUAGUACCCAG